UCGACUGGAGGAGGUGAAAGAGAUCAGAGAUCGAACAAUAAGUGACAUGUUUGUGUAGAUUUAGACCACCACUUGCGUGAGAAGUAAAUGUCAGAUUUCUGCUCAAAGUCUCAAAUUCAUUACUCAUAAAAUAGGCACAAAGAGGAAUCAUUAACUGGUAUUCUCUUAGCGCUCUUGACAGUGGCAUAAUUCCAUCGGAGACUGAGGCCAUGGAGCCCCCGAAUCGCUGGCUGAGGUGUACGCUGAUGUGCCUUGUCGUAUGCAGUGGGUUUUCUUCAUCUGCUAGUGUUUUGUUUGGUCGGCGAAUCAACAAUAAAUUGGAAGCAAAGAUCAGCAGUCAAGGAUGCAGUCACCCGCACAAAGAAAAAUAUUUUGAGCAGCAGGUGGACCAUUUCAGCUUUACCAAUAGUGACACAUUUCAGAUGCGUUAUUUGGUUUCAGACGAACUAUGGACAAAAGGUGGACCGAUAUUCUUUUACACAGGCAACGAGGGAGACAUUACCUGGUUUUGUGAAAAUACAGGUUUUGUGUGGGAUUUAGCUGUCGAGUACAAAGCGAUUGUCAUAUUUGCUGAGCAUCGUUACUAUGGAAAAUCACUGCCAUAUGGAAAUGACUCCUACAAGGAUGCUGCACACCUUGGCUACCUGACAGCGGAGCAAGCUCUUGCAGACUUUGCUGUCUUCCUGGACUGGUACAAAGCUAACACACUUGGAGGUGCCGCCGGCUCUCCUGUCGUAGCAUUUGGAGGGUCGUACGGAGGGAUGCUGGCAGCCUGGAUGCGCAUCAAAUAUCCCAAUGCUAUCGCAGGAGCUAUUGCUGCCUCAGCUCCAGUAUGGCAGUUCACAGGCCUGACUCCAUGUAACACACAAUAUCUUACAAUCAGUAAAGACUUCCAGGCUGCCAACCAACUUUGCUAUGAUUCCGUCCACAUGAGCUGGGAUGUCAUCACAAGAAUUGGCCAGACGGCAUCUGGUCGUACCAAGCUUGCCCAAGCCAUGAAGUUAUGUAACCCUCUAAAGACAACAGCAGAUGUGGAUGGUCUAAUAUCCUGGUUAGCUGGAAGCUGGUUCAAUCUAGCGAUGGUAGAUUAUCCUUACCCAGCGAACUUCCUGGAACCACUUCCUGCCUUCCCCAUCAAGGAGGUGUGUUCGUACUUUAAGACGCCCUCACCGACCGAUGACCAGCUACUCGCUGAGCUGACUGGAGCUCUGGGUGUCUACUAUAACUAUACUAGUAGCAUCCAGUGUUUCAAUCUCAGUCAGGAUGCCACAGCUAGUCUAGGAGACCUCGGGUGGAGCUUCCAGGCCUGUACUGAGAUGGUCAUGCCAUUCUGUGCUGAUGGGGUGGAUGACAUGUUCUAUCCAAUGCCCUGGAACUACGAUGCUCAAGUCGCCGCUUGCAAAGCGCAAUGGAACGUAACGCCACGCCCCAACUGGAUUGUAUCCCAGUUUGGUGGAAAGAACAUCACUGCAUCCAGUAAUAUAUUUUUCAGCAAUGGACUUCUGGACCCCUGGCAUCUGGGCGGAGUCCUGACCGAUCUCUCCGACACCCUGGUGGCUGGGAUCAUACCCGAUGGAGCCCAUCAUCUAGAUCUGAGAGGAAAGAACAAGCUGGAUCCUCCCUCGGUGAUUGCUGUUAGAAACCAAGAGAGAGAGAACAUCAACCGAUGGAUAGCAGAAUGGUGGGUCAAUAAAACGUAGAAGCAGCUGAUCAUGAAAGCUACUAACUUUAAUUAUGCUGCAUUAUUGUAGAGCGCUUAGAGACUUCUGAUAAAGUAAGUGUUAGGCGCUAUAUAUAUAAGCAAGGAUAAUUUUUUAUAGUAUGAAACAAAUAGUCUAUGGAACAAUAUAAUCAUGUAAAAUCUAAAACUUUUGUUGGCAUAAAAUGUUUUCAAAUUUUGCGAGUAGUUCAGGAUCACUAGAAUUUCAUAUCGUGAAAUACUUGAAUCAUACGUGCAAUCGACUCAAAACUCAAUUUUGUGCAUUUCACGAAAGUUUCAUGCCUUGAAAAUUGCCAUCCUAGACAUUUUGCAAAAGAUGUUGGUUUCACAGUUCCCAAAAUUAAUCUGAUCAAUUAAUACAGAGUUCUAAUUUUGUUUACAGGUAUACUAUGCUUUUCAUGCAUUGUCUUUCUUCUCAUAUAUUUCAUAUAUAAUAUAUAUGUCAUAAUAAUGUAGAAAAUGCCUUUUUGAAAUAUUUUGUUUGUAUUUCCAUGUAAACUUACCCUUUCAGGUUGUGCUUAUAGACAGUCUUUCUUUUUAUUUCAAGAAAGAAAUAUAGAUAUUGAUAUACUACAAACUAACUGAAAUAUUUGUUGAAAUUAUUCACAGGUUAAAAUAUUAGAUAUUUAGUUCUAGAAAUGAUGGAUAAUCAAUUCUCACAGAAUCAAAGGAAAUUAAUCCUGAAUGUUCAGACUACCAAUAAUAAAUGAUAUGCUGCAUAUAUGGUCUCGGUAGAAGGCUUAUUUGGGGAAUUGGAUACCAUGUGCUGAACAUGUGGUCUCUGUGUGCUAAUUAAGAUUUGAUUUUAUGAAAGAUGAUUUUUCAGCAAGUUCUUGUGAGCUUGUCUUUAUUUUGCUUUUUGAGAAAGAAAAAAAAAUGCUGCAUGAUAAUCAAUCCAGAAUGGAAAGCAAUUUUCUCUCUGAAUGCCAUUGAACUGUUCAAAUGUAGAAUUAUUUUUCCUUGAUUAACUUUGAUCUCCUUAAUAAAUAUAGAUUUAAACGAUUGUGCUUUUGAAGAGGGUUAUGCAUUGUUUGAAAUAGAGACACUACUGUAACUUUUUAAGGUAAAAUGUCCAGAUGUUUUUAGUAACAUGCCGUGACAUGUAGAACCAGUUGAACAGAUUGCAUCUAUCAGCAUGAGAAUUCUUAGGAAAAAAAUGUUGUUUUCUUUCCUCAGUGGGAGUAGUAAUUCUUUUCCCCAAUGAAUUUUGUGUAGCUGGCUGAUAUUGUAAGUUCUUACAUUUGGUAAUUUCAUGUUGAUACAUGUAUGUGAUAAUUGAUAGCAUUUAGAUAUAUUUUUUCAAGUUCAGAUUAUAACAGAUAAUAUUUAAUACACAGAUUUUAUACAACAGAUGUUAAACAUUAAAACAAACAAAAAUUGUAAAGCAAUUGGUAAAAUAUAUUUCUCUUCUUGUAGAACAUAAACCACCAAUGACAAUUUAUCUGUGAAAGAAAAAUACACUUACUUUUUUGACAAACA